AAAUCAAACUCCAAUUUGUUUUUUUAUGACGCCCUGCUGGGCUGGGAUGAGAAGACAACAAGCUUUCAUAUAGCGUUCGGAGCUCCAUCGGCCGUCGCAUCCUCCGCAGUCGAUCUGGAGAUUGAAGCCGUAGAUCGGAAAAUUUUUAACUUCUCCGCUGGUAUAAAUAAUGGACAACGGCGGCGAAUUCCGAUGCGUCGAGUGUGGAUUAUCGGUUAACUCUCUCUACAUCCAGUACUCUCCAGGCAACAUACGCCUCAUGAAAUGCGAUAACUGUAAAGCUGUCGCGGAUGAGUAUAUCGAAUGCGAAAUCAUGAUUCUGUUGAUUGAUUUGAUUUUGCAUAAAAGAAAAGCAUAUAGGCACUUGUUCUACAAUAUGUUUCCUCGAGUGAGGCUCAAUUUUGAGGGAUUGCUAUGGAAAUUGCUUCUGUUAUUUCUUCUCUUGGAUUCUUAAUGAUGAUCCUAAGCACUACCCCUAAGGAGCGGAUCUUGCCUACAGCCUUUGAUUCAUUAGUGUCCAUCUACGGGAAGGUUCUGUAUGGAGUCCUCUUUGUGAACCUCGUCUUCCUUGGAACAUUACUAUUUGGCACAAUGAGGUUUCUGAAAUCAACUGUUAGAGAUUCUGGGUUUAGGCCAGUAAUGCUUGCGAUUCUCAUUUCAAGUUACUUAAAGAUUUUCCUUGUGGCCAUGAUGGUAUGGGAAUUUCCUCGUGCUGUUAUUUAUGUUGUUGACAUUCUUAUCUUCUCAUCCAAUACACUAGCAUUAAAAGGUAAGAACACUGAAACUUAAUUUAUCGCCUUAUAUAUUAAGAGACCAAGUCAUUUGGGUUUAUUCAGUGCUCUGUUAAGCCCGUGACCGAUCCUACCACUCCUAAACCGCUCCACAACCCCCCCCCCCCUCCCGCCCCCAAAGCAUUUCUCGCCUCCAAAAUGAUAGGGAGUGGUGGGUGGGUAGGCCUAGUUCCAGUCCCAAUGGAGCUCUGUAUGUACCCAAUGUCAAGCUAUGACACACCAAAACUGGGUGUCAAAAGAAUCGUGGGG